UAAGCAAAUAAUCAAGCAACAUGAAGAGCCACAUCAUUCCGCUGCUCCUCUUGGUCGGAAUCAUUUGGGCGGCGCUAAUUGCUGCCCAUCCGCACGACUGGAUUGAAUUGGAGGAAUCCUCUGGCAGUGGGAACAACAGUGCCGAAGAGUUCAUGAAUGAAAUGGAUGCAAUGCUCCAGAUCUGGGAGGAGGAGUACAACGGGACGGAUCACUCAAGUGGCGACUACAAUUCUGAAGAGGAAAUCUUGGGUCCGAGGAUUGAAAUCCAUAAGUUACCAUUGUAAACAUAUUUAAAUGAGUAAUGGUUACGCAAUAAUAAAGAAACGAAAUAUA